GAUGCAUCUCCACAUUAAAGAAAAUUAUUUUGGAACUGGGGGUUCCACUGGAAGAAAACAAAAAAUAAUCAGCAGAUACUGGUGGAACGAUAUAAUAUGAGAGCAAAACGUCUUCAGUAUUUGCGGCAGAUUAAAGAAUAUAGGGAAGAGGGCCACCCAAUCAUCUACAUGGAUGAAACCUAUAUUCAUUCAUCGCACACCACCCCAUAUGCAUGGAGUGAUGGAUCCAUCCAGGGAUUAUUUUCCCCUGUGUCCAAAGGCCAACGGCUGAUUGUUAUCCAUGCAGGGGGAGAGCAAGGUUUCAUCCCUAAUGCCUAUGUAGCUGUAGCGCAGAAGUAAUCAUUGAUUAAUUUUAUUUGUUGAGUAGAUAUUUACGAUAUCAUUGUACAUUUCAAAUAAUAGUUCCAGAUCCUUAAUGUUAACAAUUCGGUUAUGUGCGAAUGUUUUGUAUGAGCCUUUGCUAUUUAUUGAUACGUUCGGUAUGACAUUCAUAAAAAGUGGGGGCUGUACUGGACUGACAUGAAACAGAAUUGAAUUUAUCAGUUAGCUUACAGUAUAUAUUUCCUGAUAGAACCCACCAGGUUUAAUUGUAAUUAACUGAAUUAUGAUAUGUUUGGAAAGGUGGAAGAGAUUGAAGCUUUGUGUUCAAUAUAUGGCACUGAAUGGAAAACAGAAGAUGAAGUACACCAUACUUACAGUAUCAAAAUAGAAGAAGGUAUCCAAUCUGCUGUUUUGUAUGUGACACUACCAGUAGAUUAUCCUUCAACAAGCCCACCUGAAUACCAAUUGUCAGCACCUAGUUUAGGUGCACAGGAGAAAACAAUAAUUUCUUCACUGCUAGAUCAAGUUUAUUUGGAGAACAUUGGGGAAACAGUCAUUUUCCAGUGGGUAGAAAAGGUACGAGAACUUCUGCAGCAUAUGCAGGUAUUGGAGGCACCUGAAGAAAAAGAUGAAAAUGAAGAUGAAGAUAAUGAAAUGGUGUCAUUGUGUUCUACGAGUCAUCACGUUGUUAGGCCAACAGUUACUCAUGGCACCAUCAUCACUGACAGAAAGAGCAUUUUCCAGGGACAUGCUGCCAUUGUCACAUCUGCUGAAGAAGUUUCGCAGGUGCUGGAGGACCUGUAUGAGAACAAGAAGAUAGCUCAUGCUACACACAACAUGUAUGCAUACCGCAUCUGGAAGCAAGAUACGAAAUGUUUUGUCCAAGACUGUAAUGAUGAUGGAGAGACACGUGCUGGAAGUCGUCUGCUUCAUUUGCUGCAGAUUUUGAACUGUCAGAAUGUAAUGGUGGUUGUGACUCGUUGGUAUGGUGGAGUUCAUCUAGGCCAUGACAGGUUUCGACAUAUCAGUAAUGCUGCAAGACAGGUGUUGGAUAUGGCUGGGUUAAUUCAGCCCUGUAAUCAACAGAAGAAGAGUCGGAAGAAAGAGACAAGUUGAAAGCAAUAUAUCAAGAUAUAAUUUUGUUAGACAAUGUGUCUUUGUUACAUUCUUUUGGUUGGAGGGGUGUAUAUGUGUCUCAGGAAUUCAGAGAUGUAAUUAUAAUAUCAUCAUCAUCAGUAAUCUGUCAGGCGACAGGUCCACAGUCUCUUCCAA